CUCCACCUAAACUAAUCCAGAAGGUAGCGGAUGAUCCAGAAUACCAAAAAAUGGAAGCAAUUCGUCUCCGCAGCUCACCGAUUUGUUAGGAUUCUGACAUCGAUUGGAUCAGCAUUCGGCCUAGAUUGGAGCAACGAGUCUGCAAAAUGAAGCUCAACAUCAACAAGGCCUGCGAUCUCAGCUCCAUCUCCGUUCUUCCACCUCAUGCUAGGAGAACGAGUAGUGUUGGACCGAGCGGAGCAGAGACCUCCGUUUUUGGGAAAAUUCAAACUGCACAAUUCCGUUCCCAGCAAUCUCAGCAGUCCUUUUCUCAAGGAGUUUCAUCUCAGCCUGGAAUGUUCUCUCAGUUCUCUCAGAACUCUCUCGAUGAAAUUGCUAUAAGCGAGCAGAGAUUCGAUUCUCAAGAAAAAGAGAAUUCUGCAAGGAGAACAUCUUGUUUGCCUCUGAUCAACCACACAAAAGAAGAGAGUCAAUUGCAGUUGCCAAGGAACUCAAGCAAUUACAUGCAUAAGCGAUCUGCCAAUGAAUUCAGAUGCCAAAUCAGCGAACAACUUGAACACAGAAUUGGAGUGAUGGAAACAUCAUUGAAUAGGUUGGGAAUGAUCCUUGACUCCAUCCAGAGUGACAUAAUACAAGUUAAACGAGGAAUAAAAGAGAUGUCAUCAGGGACCGAAAGCUUAUGGAAGAAGUUGGUGGCUCAUAAUGAAGCAGUGCAGUUGAUGAGCUCUGGACAAGAAAAUAUCAAAGCAAGCUUUGAAGGACUCUCCAAAUCCAUGAGUGAGGAGCUUAGGCGGAAUUUACCUCAGGAGCACCUCAAAGAGAUAUCCACUAUCGUUUCAACACUGCCUGACAAAAUUGAAACUUGUAUCGUCAAAUUACGAGAUGAUCUCAAGAAAAGCUUGAUGGAGGAAAUACAGGCUGUGGCACAUAGCAUGAAGGCUCCCUCUCAGAAAUUUGCAGUUGCCGCCUCUCAACCUGAAGUUAUCAACAACCGUAUUGCUUUGCUUGACCUGCAAUAUUUGAAUGUUGAAAAGCAUGGCAAUGAACAAACUUCAUCUUUCCCGAAGAUUGAGAUGGGAAGCUGGAAUUCUGUAAGAGAUAAACCAGCCAACAAGAACGGAAUAAAUUCCAAUCAAAGACUCAACAGGGACUUAUCCUAUGUUCAACAGGAAACGCAGCAUAAGGUUACGGUAGGCCUAGAAGAGGAUAGCGACGAAGGGUUUUCUUGCUUGCUUAAUGACCACGGAUCUGGUCCCGUGAAUUACACGAUGGAUAAUUCAAAAGAAGAUAUUAAACGGAUGCUGCGGAAAGCCAGGAGGAGAAAGAGAAAGCACUGUAACACGGUUAUUAUAGAUUGAUUGGUGAUGACAAGUUAGUUUACCAUUUCACCCUCAUCUGUUGUUUUACCAGUAGCAAAAGCCAUUUGUUAUUGUUAGCAAGUAAAUUAAAUUGUACACU